AGUCUGCUCCGUGUUUGACAGCAUCUGUGGAGUCAACACAGCAGAGUUUCCCCGGGUCAUUUAUCAUUAACAUCACCACAACAAUUUUCACCGGGGCUGGCUCGUAGUUUUUUGGAGUGAACUCAACAGUUUUAUUACUGACGGAAGACCCCAACAAACGGAGCGGUUUAGUUUAUUAACCAACUAUUCUGAGACGUCAUGAGACGGUGUAGGAUGUUAGCGCCCAGAAAAUCAAGAUGUCUCUUUGAAUGGCUCUAAUGAUAUCACAACACACACCUCUCCACUGAGCGCCUCCAUCCCCAUAAACCAGCCAUGAAGUCUUCUCUGCACAGGAUAGCAGGCACCACAGUGAGCACGCUAACAACAGGUGUCCAGUAUCUGGGCUCAAAUGAUGCCAGCUAUGACGACCCCUCCUCCGUGGACUCUGCUCUGAUUAAAAACAGAUUACACUUUGAUAAACCUCCUUCGCUCAGUAACUCCUUUCUCCAAGGGUUUGUCCCUGGAAGUAAAGAGGUCAUCAUCGGUGGCCUCCCCAGUGUUCUCCCCACCAACGUGACUGACUUCCUGUUGAAUGGCAGCUCAGUUGAGAGCGGAGGGACGGUACAAUGUGGGGAGGACAUGGUGGACAACAUGGAGUGUUUUAUGAUUCUGACUCCCGGGCAGCAGCUUGCAAUCGCCAUCUUGGCACUCACAUUGGGAACAUUCACAGUCUUGGAGAAUCUCAUGGUGCUGUGUGUGAUUUUACACUCGCAGACGCUUCGUUCUCGCCCCUCCUAUCACUUCAUUGGCAGCCUGGCGGUGGCUGACCUCAUAGGCAGCAUCAUUUUUGUCUACAGCUUCCUGGACUUUCACGUCCUCCAUAGGAAGGACACUCCUAAUGUUUUCCUCUUCAAGCUGGCCGGGGUCAUCGCCUCUUUCACCGCCUCUGUAGGUAGUUUGUUUCUCACUGCCAUCGACCGCUACAUCUCCAUUCACAGGCCCAUGGCGUACAAACGUAUCGUCACAAAGACAAAAGCAGUCAUCGCCUUUAGUUUGAUGUGGACCAUCUCUAUCAUCAUCUCACUGCUGCCUCUGCUCGGGUGGAACUGCAAGCGCCUCAACUCUGUCUGCUCAGACAUUUUCCCACUCAUCGAUGAAAAGUACCUGAUGUUCUGGAUUGGUAUGACCAGUAUCUUGGUGCUCUUCAUCAUCUACGCCUACAUGUUCAUCCUCUGGAAGUCCCACAACCAUGCAGUCCGCAUGCUGAGCCGCACCUCUCAGAGGAGUGUGAUCGUCUACACUGCAGAGGGGACUAAAGUGCAGACAGUCAGGCCCGAGCAGGCCCGCAUGGACUUGCGUCUUGCUAAAACCCUGGUUCUGAUCCUGGUGGCUCUCAUCAUCUGCUGGGGCCCACUUCUCACCAUCAUGUUUUACGACAUCUUCGGGAAGGUGAACGACUUCAUCAGGACCAUGUUUGCCUUCUGCAGCAUGCUGUGCCUGCUCAACUCCACCGUCAACCCUGUGAUCUACGCCAUGAGGAGCAAAGACCUGCGCAGGGCCUUCCUCAACAUCUGCCAUGUGUGUCGGGGAGCAUCACAGAGUCUGGACAACAGCGCCGAGAGUGACUGGAAUAGCAGGAGCGUGAGAAGUACAGCAGGUGGGGCGGGGAGAGAUGGGGUCUCCUCUGUAAAGGCUCGAGCAAAAGUAGCCCAGGUUUCUGUUUCAGGAGGGAAUGACACUUCUACUGCAGCAGCAGUCUAAAAGAGGAGCUGCUCUCUGACACAACUGUGAAGAGAAGACGUAGAAUAGCCCUGACCAUUCUAGUUAUUUGCUUUGUUACUGUGAAAUGUGCCAAAUAAUGACAGUCACAAAUCUGAAAAUAAAGUUUGUGUUGCUGCAAAGCUGAAAUCUGUAAUGUUUGUUAUACACCCAGGUACAUGGUGGAGUGUGCAGACUUCGAAAAUGCUAUUAAAACAGGUAAUCAUUUCUUUGUAAGACAACUUUUUCAGGUAAGGAAAUGUGUGAAAAAAAUUAACAACAGAAAAAAGACAACUACAGUCACAAGAAUUAGCUGGUUUAAAUGAAUUUGUUUCUGCAAUUACUUUUACAAAUGCUAUGCUCAUUGUUGCCAUAGUUUAAAUUUGUAUGAAGUUACAGAUUUCAGCUUUAAAGCUCCAGUGAUGAAGUUUGAACUGGUCAUAAAGCAGAUUAAAAUGAAGACAAAUGUCUCCAUAUUACCUUUAAAAACAAUCAAGAACGUCAGUAAGCAGUUUAAGUGUUUCCAUGUGGUCGUUUUUAAUGCCUGUGAACACUGCUGUGGGGUAGGUGUCAGACAAGACGAUCAACAGAAUCCUUAUGUUUUCAGGAAUCACAACAUAAAGAGGCAAGAAGAUUAUAAAAAGUAACGCUUCACACACAGGGGGGUGAAAAAUCCACAAAAAUUACCUUCCUGAAAAGAUGUUUGCUUUUGUUUCCUUUUCUGACAUCAUAUCAGCAAUAUUGUGGAAGUAACGCAGGUGAAAGUGUGUCAUUCAUCGUACAAAAUGUCCGUUAAAUUAAAGCACAGUGCUUGUAAGUGAAGUUUGCAUACUAUAAGUAAUGUAACUGAAAUCAAUGAAUGAUUUUGUAAAGCCAUAAUAUUGUGAAAUUUGGCAUCUUUAUUUAUUCAUUGCACAGUUGAUUUAAUAGAUUAAAUGGUGAGUCUUACUUUGAAACACGACUAGUGUUUUGAUCAAAUCAAAACUUUUCUCUGUAGUAAUUUGGGUAGUAUCACCUAGUUGCUUAGUACAUGUGCUUAUAAAACAGUUUAGGCAUUUGUGAGAAGCUAUGCUUCUGUGUUUAUGUAAACAUCCAUUGUGCCAGUUUCCCCAUGAUUAUGUACAGCAAAGACGUGAGUGAAUAAAUAUAUUAAAUUGGUCUAUUUUUUCCAUAAUUUCAUCUGCAUACUUAGUUUUUUAUAAUAAUUUUUAAAAAUAAAACAUAAAACAUUACAGUGUAACUUGCAGCUCAUUUUGACAUGUUUUCCUUUUCAAGAUUAAAAAAGUGUUUGUGCAGCUGUUUUUUGCUUUGGACCUAAAAUUGAUGCUAUAAAGCCCUAAGGAAGGGGUGUUUAAACUUUUUCCACUGAGGGCCACAUAGAGGUAAAUAUUAGGAUGGUGGGGCCACUUCCUUAUACCUCCCCUUGAAGAUGUUAAAGUUAGUAUAACUAAUCUGGUGUU